AUGUCGGCCGUCAGGAUACUGCGGGCACCAGCUCGGAAUGCCUUUAAAUCCAGCCUUAGAUGUUUUUCUUCCCUCCCCCAAAGAGCAGAACCCAAAUCGUGGACGCCCAUACCGUACAUUACAGAAACAAUAGGAGGCGGCUUUCCCGAUAUCUUCUCUAAACUGCUCCAAGAACGAAUCGUCUGCCUCAAUGGCGAAGUAAACGAAAGCGUAUCCGCAGCGGUUGUCGCCCAACUCCUCUACCUCGAAUCCGAUUCCCCAGAAAAAGCCAUAACCCUCUACAUAAACUCACCAGGCGGGUCUGUAACAGCCGGUCUAGCAAUCUACGACACCAUGUCCUACAUCCGAUCGCCAGUCUCUACAGUAUGUGUAGGACAAGCUGCUUCCAUGGGCUCGUUACUGUUAUGCGGAGGAGAGAAGGGGAAGCGCUUUUGCCUCCCGCAUUCAAGUGUCAUGGUCCAUCAGCCAAGUGGGGGUUAUUUCGGGCAGGCAAGUGACAUUGCGAUUCAUGCGACUGAGAUAUUGAGGGUACGGAAACAAUUGAACGAGAUUUAUCGGAGGCAUUUGACCAAGGAGCAUAGUCUGGAUGAUAUUGAGCGGUUGAUGGAGAGGGACAAGUUCUUGAGUGCUCAGGAGGCUUUGGACAUGGGGAUUGUAGAUCGCAUUUUAGAUAGGAGGGAGGAAGAGGAGAAGUCGAAAGAGGGGGGU